CACGCACACACUCACACAUACACUCACACACGCACACGGCGUGCAAUUUGUGCAUGAGACCGCAAACUGCACGAGGCAGACAACCGGUUUUUCUUUUUUGUUUUGGCAACGAUUGAGGUUUCAGAAGCAGGUUAAGCAUCUUCUAAAGCUUCAAUGAACUCUUUAAUAUAAAGGGAGGAACUAAAGGUAUUCUCAUUCCUUUUAUAUCGUUUUUUGUAGUCAAAUAAAGCAAGUAAUUUAUUAAUUUAGGCCAUUUAUUUAUGCUUUAAUCCCAAAUCGCCAACAAAUCUGGCGGAAUAAUGGUGAUAAUAAUCGUGCAUAAAUAGCUAAAUACAGCAUGUGGAGUAUUAAAAAAAGGUGCGAGGGUCAGUUAAUAAAUUAAAUCAUUGGAUUUUAAGUUUCACUGUGUCAAAGCGUUCCGUCUGCAGCUCAAGAAAAUGUUAAUGCUGUUAAUGUGAAUAAAUGCAGGUAUUUGAAAGUGUUUGCUUCUGCGCAUGCGGCUGUGUUGUCGUCUAAGCAGUUAGAUUGAUGUAAAUCACAUUUCAGAGCCAAACGCACUCCCAUAAGAAUGUAUGUGGAAUGAUCCAAGUCAAAACUUUUUUGAAGCCAACUAUAUUUUAUACAUAUUUAAUUAAAUCAAAGUAUUUGUCCAACCAAUGAAUAUCCUUAAUUGUCUUCUCUGAGUUACUGUACUCCAUGUUGGCUCACCUGCAGGGUUUCUAAUCCUCUAAAUUGACAAUAAAUAGAUCAUUUUGUGAUUAAUGAUCCUCUACCUCUCAUCUUCAUUCAUGCAUAUAGGUUAUUGACACACUUUGAAUUUAAAUAUAUCCUAUAUAUUCACGUGAGGCAGAGAUUGACACAAACCAAAAAGGACCUCGUGCACUUUCAAGUGAAUUCUGCUGCGAGAUUCUGCGUCAAUGUAGAGAUGAACUAACAGGAAGUUAAGUAAACUUUACUUCAAAAUAAAAAAGGUGGAAAACGCAGGCAAGAUGGGAACAAAAGAAUAGGAAUGUGUGGAUUAUUUACUUUACUGUUUUUCAUGUAAAUCCCAAGCAAGACAGCAGCGUAAACACUUGAAAUAAAACGAUAUAAAAGGCAGCAGACAAAAUAAUACGCCUACUAAAUCAGAUAGUAAGAAGAAACAAUUAUACAGUCAAUUGAAAUAGGAGUCAUUUACCAUAGAAUUUACAUAAGUCUUGACUUUUGCCAGAAGUAUCAGAUUCCUCAAUUUCUGUUGCAAACAUAAGUUGCGUGAGCAGAAAACAUGAAGGCUUUCUUUCCAAUCUCCGGUCGUACAUUAAGGACAGACAGCAGAUACCUGAACAUAUUUAGGGAAGACCUAAAUUAAAAUAUAUAUGUAUAUAUAUAUAGGCUUUUGCCAUCUUUAUAUUCAAGACUAAUUUCAACAAUCUUCCGCUAUCUGCCCAUAACUGUUUAAACUUUGUUUAUAACUAUUUAAUGAUACAAAAUGAAUAGGAAUCAACUGAGCUCACAUAUCUAAACAUGUUAAGGUUGUUUAAAAAAGUAGAAAUUGUAAUAUGUAAUAUUUAGAGGACACAUAGAGGAACAGAUUGUCACAGUUUGUAAUCCAUCUUUGUUUUUCUGCCAAGCUGUUCCAAGAGAAACCGGAAGUUACUUUUAUUUUUGAAAUAUUUAAACCGGAAGCAAGCACUUUUCUGCGUAUCGUUGAUGUCAUAAACAUGGAUGUGAGUCAGAUAAUCGAUUCUCUUGUCCUCUUUUGCGUCACGACAUGGAGCAUCUGCCUCUGGCAACAUUGAAGAAAAACGUAACCUCUAAUUAAAAACCGGAAAUAGAAAUCUGGCGGUUUGUUUUCCUCGAGUAAAGAAAGGUUAAGCUCGUCUUAGUGCUCCUGUUGUUGUUGUUGUUGUUUUAUCGCGUCAACAUGGACAUGUACGGACACAGCGGUGUGCUCCCGGUGAAAAGAUUGGUGUUUGAAGUCACAAACAUGUCCGACAUCAACAAGGCGAGUCCUGGCGGCUGCGAUAACGGAGCUCUGACGGACAAGUUCGGCGUCCUGAUCCAGGGACUGCUGGCCAUCGUCGCCUUCAGCACGCUGAUGUUGAAGAGGUUCCGCGAGCCUGUAGGGAUCAGACGACCGUGGAGGAUCUGGUUUUUUGACACGUCCAAGCAGGCCAUCGGUGCUCUGUUCAUCCACUUUGCCAACGUCUUCCUGUCCACGCUCACUGAAGAGGACCCGUGCUCCCUGUAUCUGAUGAACUUCCUGCUGGACGCCACGUUGGGCAUGCUGGUCAUCUGGCUGGCUGUGAAGUUGGUGUCCAAACUAGUGGAGUACAAGCAGUGGACGCUGCUCAUGUUUGGAGAAUAUGGUGACCCCCCCCAGGCGGCGGCAUGGCUGGGUCAGUGUGGCGUCUACCUGCUCAUCAUGGUGCUGGAGAAAGCUGUGAUCAGCCUGGUGCUGCUCGUCCCCGGAUGGUCCAAAUUGCAGGAGGUGCUGCUGAGCUACAUCGCUAACCCUCAGCUGGAGCUGGUGCUGGUCAUGCUCAUCCUGCCCUUCAUAGUGAACUCCAUCAUGUUCUGGGUGGUGGACAGCCUGAUGAUGAGGAAGUACAAGACGACGAAGAGCCUGGACGACUCCUGCGACUGCUCGGUGAAGAAGGCCGACUCGCUGCCCUGGGCGAGCAGCGAGGAGUCGCAGGUCCUGCUGGCCGUGGAGACGGACACAGACGAGGCUUCAGAGGGGGAGGAAGACCCUGGCGACGUGGGACCAGUCCCUCCUGUGCAGUACUCUGGAGGACCACUGAGACCCAGCUGGGUGGUGGUUUAAACCCAGGUGAUGUUACCUCCCACACGUCCAUCCGCUAUCCACACGCAACACACUCUCAAGAGCCUAAAUAUGAGCGCAAACAAAACCAUGCACCCUUAACCCCUCAAAGGUCUAAAUAUCGGCUUCCCUGAAUGUGCCUUUUCUCUGCACCGAUGCAUGCAAAUCAAAUAGCAUUUUGGCGAUUAGAAGCUCUCUAUCCUCUCACCUUGCUGCCUCCGUUUGCUGCCAGAGAACAUCAGAGCAACCACAACUGAACGAGUGUGGAGGGAAACUAUUAAGGAGGGCAGCGCCCCCGGGGCGAGAUGUGCGGGUGGUAACGACAGAGACUGAAAUAAAUCUGUCCUCUCUGCACACUGGGGACUUUUGUAAAUGAUGUUGCUCUAAAGAGAGUAAUUUAUCUUGUCUCGUAUUCCAAAGAGGAGCGAGCGAGUGAAGUACAAUAUUUGACUCAUAUAAUCACGUCAAAUCCACCUUUUUCAUUCCUCUGGUUGCUUACUUUAAGUUUGAAAGAAGGUUAAUGGUAUUAAAACCAUGCAAAUGUUAUUUUUUUUCUGCAGUUAUGACGGACCAAACAUGUUGAAAGAAGUGGUUAUAUGGAGAAAAAAAAUACAUGUAUGUGGGCAGGAAAUUGUUUCACGUCAUGGUUUAAAGGACCAGGUCACGCUAUGUUUCUGCAAUGAUUGUCAUAUUGGUUGUAAAUGAUGGAGAACUGAGACAACACUGAGAUUUUCAGAAUAUUGUGAGACAAAGUUGCAAAUAUUACAACGAAAAACAUCAGAAUAACCUAAUAUUCUUCUGUCAGCUUGACAAAUGGUAAUUUUGGGAAAUGUAUUUCUAACACAGCCAGCUGAUUAGCUUAGCUUAGCAUAAAGGCUGGAAACAGAGGGAAACA